AUGGUGUUUGGAGGAGCUUUUGGAUUCAUUUUUAUCGGAUUUACUUUAAUUUUUUGCAUUACAUGGUUAAUUCUUCGUUGUCUUCUAAUUUAUUUUAAAUGGUUUCAUGAAAUUAAUAUAAAAUAUAGUUCGAUCAGUCUUAGUGGUAUAGAAAAUCUUGAUAUAAAUCAUCAUUUAUUUCGUCUUCGUAUUAAAUAUAUUAAUUUUUUAUCAUCAUUGUCAAUAUUUAUUUUGCAAUUACCAGUUAUAUCAAUAAAUAAUAUACAUUUGAAUAUUAAUUCAAUUAAAAAUAAAACUACAACUAAAAAGAAACAAAGAAAAGAUUGGCAUAAGAAAUUAUAUUUUCUUAAAUAUAUAUCAAUUCGAAUUGAACAAUUAAAAAUUGAAUAUGAAAAUAUAAAUGUUUGUUUUCAACACAUUACAUUACAUCCAUCUGUUACACCUAACAAUACAAGUUCUAAUAUAUGGAUUAAUUGUGAAUAUAUUGAGUUAUCAAUUAUUGAUAAUGCAGAACAGUUUUCUACCAAUAAUUCAUCUUUUACAUUAUUAAAAUCAACAUGGCAUAAUGUUGAAAUAGAAACAAAUUUAGAUCAAAAUUUACUUAUUAAUUCAACUCAUUGGUCAAUUCACGUUGAUCAUACACUAUUUGAUUAUUUAAAACGAAAACAAACUAAUUCUACUUUACAACAAGCAACAUCAAAUUUUCAUUAUGAAGAUUCAAAUUUAUUAUCAAUAACUCAAACGACACAUUCAAAUGAUCUAUUAACUAAAUUCGAUCAAUGGGUCGAAUUUUUUUAUGAUCCAGCUAUUAAUAUUUGUAUUAGACAAAUUGAUUUACAAUAUAGAUCAAUAGAUAAUACUCUUCAUUAUCAUACAUUAGACAAAGCGGACUUUUCAUUCCAUAAUUCUUCGAAACUAUCUCCUGAAAUACGACAUGCAUAUAUCGCUAAUAUUCGACUUCAUUCUCAUUCAACUCUUCUUCUUCAUGGCUUAUGUCAAAUAACAAUAUUUCCUACUCGUCUUGAUAUUGCAUGUCAAUUCAAUGAACUCAAUGUUGAAUUAUGUGAAGAUACUAUUCAACAAUUUCAUACAUUAUUAUCCUCUCGAUCAUCAACAUCAUCUAAUAAUUCAUGGAAAUGUGACCGACAAAUAGAUAUAUCAUUCCAAUUUUUAAAUCCAUCUAUGCGUUUAAAAAUGAACGAUAUUAAAGAAUGGUUUAUUUGGCAAAUAAAUUUUUUCAAAAUAAGUUUUCAUUCGAAUCAAAAUUCAGAAACAAAAACAUUAAUCGAAUUAAAAAAUAUGCUAAUAUAUACAUCGAAUAAUAAUAAUAUUCUUUCUCAAUCAUUAAUUGAUGAUCUUAGUAGACAACAUUUAUGGAAUUGUCUUUUCUAUCUACCACAUGCUAAUAUAACCAUCUCAAACAUUAAUACAACACAUAUACAAAUUGAAAUAACUGGAAUACGUUUACAAUCAAAUCAUAUUUUAAUAUCUUUUUUAAAACGUCUACAAAUAAUUUUAUCUUCAUCAAAAAAAACAAAAACAAAUUCAAAUCGUUUUAUUGAAAUAUCUUUACAUAUGAAAUCUGUUACAGUAGUUAUAUGUGAUACGGUACCCGUAUAUUUAUGUUUAUCAAUAUCAACAAUUCGUGCAACUCGAACACAAAUGGAAAUGAAAAAAAGUGUUAUAUUCUUUAAUAAUCAAUCAUCGGAUAAAGUGCCAUUAACUUCAUUAACACAUGGUCAAAAAGUUUUCGAUGUUCAUCGUAUUUCUAUUCAACAUCAUUCAAAUAAUUAUACGAUAAAAAUAUCUCUUCCACAUGAUUUAACAUUUGUCUUGUCAACUAAACUUUAUCUAUUUCUUUAUCGUUGUAUAUCAUCAUUCAAAUUUAAUAAUGGCAAAACGACAACAGUAUCGAAUAGUGAUGAUAAUAACAAUAAAAGUAAAAAAAUCGCAAAUGAUAUUGAAUUUAAAGUAGAUAAAUGUGCUCGUAUUCAUUUACAAUUAUCAACUGAUUGCAGGUACAUAGAAAAAAUUUUAUUUAUUUAA